AUGGCAGCUACUGCUACCUUUGCGUCAGCGUUGCUGCACGUGAGUGUCAAAGUUGACCUGGCUGGCAAAGGGGAUCAUGAACUGAUAUGUUCAGAGAGUUCGUUGCUACCUUUUCUUGAAGCCGUGCAUAAGCAAGCAGCACAGUCCAGGGUACCUCGGAAUCGUCUCCUGUCGGCUGUGCAGCAGUUCGAAGCGAAGGCUUUGCGAGUGGAUAUUGGUGGCAAGGUCAAUCUCAUGUAUCCGCUACGCCUGAUUCCACAACUGUGUCGUCUGAUGUGCUACCAGUCGACACAGCACAUCGAUCCCAAGGCAGUCUUUAUCUUCUGUGUGACAGAGGACGCUGGUAGUGAUCAGCGGGCACAACGGUUGCUGCCGCCUGCCCCCUGUGCAGCCCGGUGGGGAUGUGUUCAUGAGUUGGAAGCCUUUCUCUUGGCCAUAGGAUGCGGCUCCACUUCUGCACCGAUUGAUGAGAUAGCUCUUGAUGAGUACAAUCAGUUUCAGGCAAAGGAACCGUUGAUGUCAUGCUUCGCAUGGCUUCAGAAGCCGCGACCAACCCCCAUGCUCCAUUUCACAUGUGGCAAAGCUUAUGAAUUCCUUAAGAUGCCAUACCAGCUCUUCUGGUUGAUCAAUGACCCGUGUAGUGAGCCAUCGCCCAGUCGUAUGCGCGGGGGAGUUGCUGCUGAGCUAUUGGAUUCUCCUAUGGCAUCGCUUCAUGCCACCGCAAGACGAAUCAGGAGACGGUGUUGGCCAGAGCUUAGCGUCAUGGUUGACACAGGGAAAAUCAACCCCAAAGGCAUCUUGUAUGCAGGCCUUUCUCUGGCAGCACGAUUGCUAAAGCCACAUGUCGUGCUCAUGGCUUCCAGCAACAUGAUGUUGAAUGUCAGUGAACGACCAUUCUCGUCCUUGCCUAAGAGAGACCAGCAGGGUGUGGCAGCAGCUGUGUUUUUCCACAGGGAGUGGUUCCGUGAGUAUGGCACAGUACGGAGUCAGUUGAUGCUCCUUGCAUUCUGCAAUAGUGCCACAGCAAGUGUCCGUGCUCGUGGUAAGAAGUCUUUGCUGACUGUCGGUGACGCAGUGCGUGCAUACAUUGUGGGCGAAGUGCAUGCCAUGCAGGCGAGGAUGUUGGAGGCAAAGCUCUUUGCGGACAAUGAUUCUGAGACAAUCGGUCCGGAAGACAACGAGGCUGAGGAAGUGGCGCAUGAGUCAGGAGGCAAUGCGCUCAGAAGUCGCACCUACCGUGAACGUGUUUCAGAAGAGAUGCUGCGGCUGAAGGCAAUGUGUGAGGCUGCCUUUGCACCACCCACAACUGGCUUUGAGGUCAUGCCGGAUGGUAUCGUGAUUCUUUGUGCAGCAGCUGAGCGUGAAGCCUUGCUGAAGAAUGAGAUUUGUACUCUGCUUUGCUUGAAAGAUCCUGACUACGGCAUUGACUUGAUGUCUUCCAACACUUCUUCACACAAGAACCUAGCUGUGGACAUGAAUGCAGACAGCCUGGACCGUGAGUGUGGUGUGAAGUUCAAAGGCGUUGCGUCCAAGCCCGUGUCUGAGCCCAAGGAUGUCGAUACUUCCGAUACUGCUGAGACUGAUGAGAUCAACAAGGUAGAGCCAGCUGCAAAAGCUGCAUGUGCAACUCCAAUCGUUCAGGAGCUGUCCUCAGAGAAACCUGAACCUGGAACUAUGCAAUCACAUGUUGAGAGUCAGACGGGCAAUCAGCCAGACACAACUCAACCUGCAGAGCUUGAUCCUGAUCAACAUGAGGGAUGUGAUUAUGAUGUGCCUCAGCCUGACACACACACCUCUGAACUGACACUGGUGGCAGUACCUAUCAAUGCUGAUGAAGCACCCUUUCCGGAAUGCAAGGAUGAAUCAACAACCAUUGACGCCGGUGAUCAGACCAAUGAAAAGACGGAAGAGACGCUCGAACAGGCGUUGGGUGAAGUACUACUGGAAGCGCUUGGCUCUGAAUGGCCUGAGUCCUUGCCUGCAAAUGUGCAAACGGAUUCAUCGGAUCAUGAUGAUGGCAGUGGUGACAGUGGGCAUGUGAAGAUUACAGGGCAUACCACUGAUGAGACUGAUGAUGUGCCAAACAUCUCUGCUCCAUCAUUGGCUUCUUCCACUCCAGGUGUUGAUGUCAUUGAUAAGAGUUGUGCUGUCAAGACUGAUGCCAAUCAAUCUGAUGACACCGACACCAGUGGUGCCGUUAGUGUUGGUGUUGAUCAGCCUGGUCAGUCUGGUCAGUCCAAACCACAGCUAAACAAACGGCCUCAUGACGAUGUCGAGGUGUCUACUGAGGCACCAUUCUCGCUUGACGAUGAUGGUGGUAACGAACCUGCUGUGUGUCCAUGCCCAUCUUUGGAUGACCACACACAAAGCUUGCCAAGUGGUAUCACUGGAUCAAUGAAUGAUGUUGGUUCAGCCUUUGGUGUAGAUGAGAAUGGCAGCUCACAUGGCCCACCAGUUGACCAGCCACAUCUAGACACAGAUGGCAAAGUGAGCACCAUCUACGAAGCAAUGCAGUGGCCAACAUAUCAUACUACAAAACUGCUGGAGCAUAUGCCCAAUCGCUCCGUUGGUAGUUCAGACUCAGAGUCAGAUUCUGAUGAUGAUAUGCCUUGCCCACCAUCACCGACCACACAAGUGCCAGGAUUGAAGAAGCUCUUCAAGCUGUUCGAUUCAAUUCCAAUCUCCACAGCAUUUUCUGGGAUAGAUGCGCCUGGCACAGGACUGUCUCAGCAAAUUGCUGAGUUGAACUUCAGGAUUUUGAAACGGAAUUUGCAGCGUCACCUGAAUGGUUCGGCAAAACGAGAAUCCAAGAUCGGUGAACUAGUGCACCUCAAUGCGAUUGAAUGGUUCCCUUCGUCACAGACUGAGCUCCAGAUCCACCCCAGUGCACCAGAGGAAGCUCCGUGCAUGAAUCACAAUGGACAGCUCUGCAGCUUACUUCGAUGGGGUCUUGCCCUAUUGAACAUCACUGGCAGUCCCUGUAUUGACUAUUCCCCAAUGGGGAACGAAGAGGGGGUUGAUGGGCCUACGAUCUCCUUUUUCCUCACUUGGGCAGCCUUGAGACGUAAGCUGCAGGCUUCGCCACAAGAACAAGACCAUGCCAUGGCGAAGCCCGCUCAACAGUUUUGUCAAGCUCUUUGCAAGGAAGAUGAAGAUGUUUGGCAGAAAGAGCUGGACUGGUCAUGUGGCCGACCUGGCUCCCGAGCCAAUGGCGAAUCAUUGGAUGUCAGUGAUCCCAGAGCAUUCAUCGAGAGCUUCACUGCUAAUGAAUAUGACUUCUACCUGCAGUACAAGGCUCUUGCACCCAAAGGUUUGUUCAGCCUGAACCAGAACCCGAGAGUGAAAGGCAUGAAGAGCAAAGUGAACCAGGAAAUGUCGACAUUGGUAAAGAGCGGAACAUUAUGGUUCUCCGACUACCACAAGAGGUGGCUGACGGCGCCAGAGGCACUGACGUGUCAAGGCUUCCCGAUUGACAAAGAACUAUCCUACAACACUCCCUGCUGCAGCUGGGCUAUGCGGACUGCUGGUCUUUCGGAGACCAAAUUUCCAAGUCGUGGGGUUACCAUUGGACAGGAGCAGAGAGACAGUAGUAGCGUGAGCUUUUCUUGUGACACUGCAAGGCGCAGUGUCAUUUCAUUAGGUGCUACGGCUGCUGCUUCUUUUGGUGGCAGUGGUGGCGGUGGUGUCGCAACCACAAUUGGUGCAAGAGCACAUGAAAUCAAGGAUCAGCUCUACAACCCUGAUGCAAAGCUCACUGACCUCUUUGGCGAGUUGGAGCCAAAGCUUAUGUUGGACGCCAUCAAGAAGACAUACAACCCAAAGGCAUAUGUUGAUGGGGCGGGUCGCAAACUGGCCAUUGUUCAUUUCCUGAAGAAAUCAGUUGAGGAAAAAGGUGUUGUAGAAGAUGCACGUGGAAGAAUGUGGGUCAUUGAGAGGGAAGAUGAGGAAUCGACAGAAGCGGUGUAUCUUGCGGAUAAGCAGAUGAAAGAGACUGGAAACCACAAUGCUACGCUGAGCAAAUCCAUCUCGCAAGGUGUUGAGGCUGAGAUCUUUGAGCCCAUGCCGCUGGAGGCCCGGGAAUUCCUUGUCAAGUUCCACAAUGGGGUCGACGAAAAGCGUGACCUCAUGAACCAGUUGAAGCUCGUCAAGAAGGCAGAAGCUGCAUGGCGCCACCAUCGACUUGGUUUGGGUGCGACGGGACGUGCCUGUGGUGGCUCAUACGAGCAAGAAUACUGGAAGUUCAUAUCGAAUCGGUUUGUCCGAGUGUGGAGGAGCUUUAGGGCUUUUGAUAGCUGCAAAAUCGUGGCCAACCAACUCUCCUCGCUGAACCUGCUCGACAUGGUCGUUGAGCAGCUGAACGACGGCUGUGAUGUGUUGCGAUCAGGGUUCACAGUGGAAACUUCUUUCAACGCCAUGCAGACCAUCCUGAUGAUGUUGGAAGUGCUGGCAUUCGAAGCAUUGAAGUUUUGUGUUCCAUGGGUGGAGGAAUCACCAAGUCCAGUCGAGUGGAUCUUCGAUAGGUCCCGUCCCGAUGUUGCUGCUCGCAUAGUUGCCAAUUUGGCCAAAGCAGCCAUUGUGACUGAGAGCGAGAACAACAAGAGACCUUCCAAUGGAAAGGUGCCGGCUCCCAAACGUCAAAAGACUGGUGGCCCUGCUUCUUUCGAUCCACUCAAGAUGGUUUCUGGUGAAGUGACAACCGCCAUGGUACCGGGCACGAAUAGGGCAAUGACUUUUGCCGACAUGUUGUUGCAGUCUGCAAUGAAUGUGAUUGCCAUUGUUGACACAGAGUUUUCCAAUGCAGCCUCUUCAAGCAUGACACAGGGGCUUCUCCGCAAAACAGUGGGACCAUACUUCAGCCAGAUGCUACAUUUUGCCUUCACAGGGAAGAAAGUCGCACCCGGCCACAGUAAAGCCCUGACAAAUCUCAGCAAAGUGAAGGCCCCUGCAAUGGCAGAACUUUUGGAGUCGCUUAUCAAAGCUUGCUUGCCACACUUUGGCAACGCUUCUUCGAAUGAAAGCUUGGUGGAGAAACUGCAAGAGUUUUUGUCACAUGCCCAUGCCAGUGGUGCCAGCAGUGUGCAGUCGGUGAGUUCAAGCUCAACCCCUUCAAACAGCCAGCCAAAGCCCGAUGAAGCGAAGUUCAAGGCACUUGUGUUCUUUGCCACAGAGGGGUUAGGUGUGCGACCUUUGGCCGAGGGGGAUUCAAACGACCAGUUCGGGCAAAAGCUGUCCGAUCGCAUGGUGGAACUCGGGCUUCUGAGUAAGAAAAAGACAGAAAUGGAAGUUGAAGGUGGUGGCUCUGCGUCUGAUGCCACCUUGCGCCAAGCUCCACUCUUGGGAAAGAUGCUGCUAGCGUUGAAGGCUGGAUGUUCUUGCUCUUCCAGCAUGACCGACGAAGAUUCCCAAUGUGCAUACCAUUCAGCCGAUGCUUCUUUGGAGGAUAUGAUCUAUGAUGUUGGCCGCAUCUUGUAUGCCGAGUACCCGCCCAUAGUUCAGGAAUAUGUGGCGACCAUCACGGACAAGUUCAAGACAACCUGGCAGUUGCCGCCCCUCAUCAUGAGUGUUGGCUUGUCUGAGGAUGUGGUCUUGAAGUUGAGAUGCAUCCGUGCAGCGUGUGUUCUGGAGAUGUUUGACUUCCUGGCACAUAGCCCUGGUAGUGGUUCUGGCCGUGUGCCCUUCGAAAAUGCACAGCUUGCGACACUUGUCAAGUUGUUUCGAUCUCGCAAAAAGCUUGAGCGCAGCUUGGUUGACAUGGACAAUGCCAUGGUCGAUCGACAUCACUUUGUCGCUGGAUGGGCGGAGAUCUUUGCAAAAAGCAGCGAUAUCAUGCCGAACAUGAAGUCGUUGGGAAGUUUUUCUAUCAUCACCUCUGAUCGAAUGGACAAGAUGGAGAGAGGAAAGUUGUCGGGAGCUGCAGCUACUGCUCCAACACAAAAGGCCGCCAACACGAACACGCCUGCCGAACCUGCUGAUUUGAUCGAAGACAGUGAGUCAUGGAAGAAAUUGCAGGUCAUGUUCGAUGUGUCGAAUGCCAAGAACACGUUGUAUGGCAUCGAGCUCUCAGUUGAACGCAAAGAUCUGGUGAGCGCAGAUGAUCUCAUCACACUGGGAAAGACUUGCAAUGUUGCAGUGCUCGAGAGUGCCAGCUUCUUCCAAAGCAUUGCAGGCUCUGGUGCUACUUCACAGAUUCCCCAGACAAUGUUUGCCCAGGUGAACCUUAACGAUUUCAAAGACUCCAAGCUGACCUUUUUUGGACCAAUCGGUUUGGAAUGCAAAUCCAUCACUGUACCCAUGACCAGCAUGCGCCAAGAUGAGGAGAAUGCUCCUUCCUUGCCGUGGUUGGUCUUCGGACAGGGCUUUGACAAUGUGAUGGCAUGCGAGUGUGUUUGUCCGGCUUGGACCAUUCCGUCAAAGAAGAUCAAGCUCACACCAGCACAGCAGGACAAAGAAAUUGCUCAGAAUGCCAAGCAGCAGGUCAAGCCAGCUGAAUCCAGUGGCAAGGAGAAUCAAAAUCCAGGCUCAGUUUCCAAUGUCGAGGAUGAACUUGCGGCAUUUGUUUCUGAAGCCAUGGGAACCAAAAAGAAAGGCAAAGCCAAAGCAACUGCCAAAGGUAAAGCGGCGGUCAAAGCGAAAGCCAAGGCGAAGGGGAAAAAGCAGAAGGGAGCAGAAGAGUUUCCCAUUGCCUUUGUGGAUGAGCCUUUGUUUCUUUUCUGCAACAUUUUACUCAGGUGGGGCGAUGGUGCCCUACUGGAUUGGAUGGGGAAUAGGGCGGUGGUGCCCCAUAGGUUGGCCUUUUCCAGCUCUCAGAAGUUGAAUGUGGAAUUGCCGGCGUGUGGCAGUGAUACCACCCGCACUGUUUGCAUUGAUGUGCCCAAGUUGGUGUUCAAUCCGCGCUUGCCUCUCAAGACUGAUGAUUGGGAGAAGUUUGCUCAUCUGACGCCUGAGUUGAUGUAUCCAGGAUCAGAAUUGCCGACCGUGAUUCAUGUACCAGUUCGCGAAGUCGAAUCGUCAUUCUAUAUUCCAAUCACACGUGGCCUUUUGCCAGCAGAGCUCAUCAAGUUGCAGGAGAAGUCUGAUUUGGAGAUUGACCAUGAUGCAAUUGCUAAGCACAUCGAAAUUCAGGAGACUUGGGGGAAGCAGACAGUUUGGACAGGCCUGUCCGAUGUUGUUGCCACUCAUGUGGGUGAUACUUUCUCCCAUCACCGGGGAGGGGGCGACAAAACGGCCAAAGAGUUGCGACACUUGUUGGCGUGAGCGACGUGAUGUGACGCAACGUAGCGAUCUGACGAUGUGAUGACCACUGAUGAUUCAUCAAGUUGAUAUUUUUCUUCUUUCUAGUUGUAGGUUGCUUUCUUAGGUGCAAGUUGGCUUCGAAUUGCUAAAGCGUCACACAAAUGUGACUGUCACAUUUGAAUGGGGUGGCUGCACAGCGACAAG